AUGAUUUACAAAAGAUGGCGUUAUGCUGCUUCCUCUGUCCUUGUUGAAAACAAACUUUAUUUUUUUGGAGGAUAUAUUGGUGGUAAAUGUUCAAAUGAAGUGUUCUAUCUUGAUUUAUCUCGGUCAUUUAAUUUAGCUACUCCACCUUGGAUUGACCUUACGCUAAAUGCCAAAAUACCAUUCAGAAGUUGCUGGGGAACUGUUUCACUAAACAAUAAAGAGCAAAUUAUUUAUUUAUUUGGCGGAUUAAAUCUUGAUGAUUUAAAUCAGAAUGUAUUUGUAUCAAGUAUUCAUUCAUUUAAUUUAAAUUCCUUGUCAUGGAAUGUACCUAAUAUCAAAGGAAUUAAACCUAAUAGACGCGCUAAUAUACAGAGUGUUAUUGAUAAUUCUGGAAUAAUGUAUAUUUUUGGUGGAUAUACUGGACCAUCAUUAGGUACAGGAACAACAUUUGAUUACAAUGAUAUGGUCAUUUUGAAUACUGUUGAAUUAUCAUGGGCAAACAAUAUAAUUAAUCCACCUAAUCCAAGAGACCUAUAUACCGCAACGUUAUUGUCUAGUGGAGUUAUUGUAUAUAUUGGAUUGGAGGAUAUGAAUAUUGAAUCGGGUACGAUGAAAAUUAUAAUCGCAUCAAUAGGAGGUAUUGUGGUUGCAAUUAUUAUUAUUGCUUGUGUAUUUUUAAUUUAUAGAUGGAAUGAAAAUAGAAAAAUAUUAUCCCCUAAAAACAUUAAUGAGGAACAUACUUUACCCGGGCACAUUAAUGAGGAACAUACUUUGCCCGGAGAGAUUGUUGAAAAGGUUUGA